AUGGCCGACGACACGCUCGUGCCCGAAGCCGACCUUGGCGCCAACACGCACUGGGCCGACGUGCUGCAGUUUGUCUUCUGCGACGAGCCCGUGACGCUGGUCCAGGACCCAUCGUCGUCCGUGCUCGGCAGCACAGUCUGGGACAGCAGCAAGGUCUUCAUGAAGUUCAUCGAGAAGCAGCGCGCGUCGCGCUUCGACCUGGCGCUUGCGCAGCACAAGCGCAAGAAGGCGGCGAUCAGCGUCAUUGAGCUUGGCGCUGGGUGUGGCCUCGCGGGCAUCGCCUUUGCCAAGCUCGGCUACCACGUCGUGCUCACGGACGUCGGGCCCGUGCUUCAAUGGCUCACACAGAACGUCGCGUGCAGCUUCAGCGAGGCCGAGGUCAGCGGCCGCGUCUUCGUGCACGAGUACUCGUGGGGCACACCGUGCACGUCCGUGGCGUCUCUGAUUCCCGAUACGCCGCCUUUCGAUAUCAUUCUGUGCGCCGAUGUUCUCUACGACGUGGCAGCCGUCAAGCCAUUGAUCCAGUCGAUCCUCGCCCUCUCCAACCGCAAGACGGUCAUCUACAUCGCCAACGAGCGCCGCAGUCCCGCAACACGGGCAGAGUUUAUGCGUCAUCUCAACGCCGAGUUUGUGUGGAAAGAGAUUUCCAAGGACGACGUCGAUCCAGCCUACGACCGCGAGGCCAUUGAAGUGUUUGAGGCACGGCGCAAGCACACGAAGGUCCCAUUGCAGUUGGCGAUCCAAGCAUCCGAGGCGCCAAUUGCAACCAUGAUUGAAGAGUAA